CGCGACAAAAAAACAUCUGUCCUCCCCUCCAGCCCACAUUACAAAACCUAAAAGCACAAUAUGCCAAAACAUGAUGCACUUUAUUCACUUUUUGGCCAAACAAACUGUGUUUUAAAGCGGUCAGAGAGCAGAUGGUGUUCGUGGAGGAGGCGCAACAUGAACAACUGCUGCUGAUCUCAGAUCAGUUCAGACAGAGAUGCACAGGAGAAACUGCUCUGCCUUCCCAACAGAGCCACAACUUCACGAGCACUGGAGUCUGUGUGUGUGUUCAGCACUGGGAACUGAGGAUCCAUGGCACACACAUUCAGGAUGCAGUGAACAGGGAAUUUAACGGUGUUUGAGCGAGUGGAUUCACUUCAGACUGAACUUGGAACAUUAAAUACGCAACUUGAUUUUGCUUGCUGGGGAUUUUCGUCAUGGCUUUCCUGUGGCUCUUUCUGUUGAUCAGAGGAAAUGUGUGAGCACUUUCACAAGCGGAGUUUCACAUCGGUGAAGUAAGCACUUGCACAGGAGGCUCAGGAUGAGAAGAUGGCAGCCAUACUGUUUCCACCGGGUCCUGACAGUCUUCACCGGUUCACCCGCGAGUCCCUGGCUGGCAUCGAGCAGCGGAUCGUCGAGGAGGAGGCCCGCAAUGCCAAGGAGUACAAGGAGGACCUGGGAGACGUGGAGACGCCCAAGUCCCGGGCCGACCUGGAGGCCGGGAAACAGCUCCCGCGAAUCUUUGGAGACAUUCCUUCUGGACUGGUGGGCGUCCCUCUGGAGGACAUCGAUCCGUUCUACUUCCAGAGCAAGAGAACUUUUAUAGUACUGAACAAAGGGAAGGCCAUCUUCCGGUUUAGUGCCACAUCUGCACUCUAUAUUUUUAGCCCUUUUCAUCCUGUUAGAAGAGCAUCAAUAAGGAUUUUAGUACACUCUUUAUUCAGUCUUUUCAUUAUGUGCACUAUUCUGACCAACUGUUGCUUCAUGGCCAUGUCUGAACCAGCGCAGUGGGCCAAAUACGUCGAGUACACGUUCACUGGCAUUUACACGUUCGAGUCGUUGAUAAAGAUCCUGGCGCGGGGCUUCUGCAUCGGGCCCUUCACCUUCCUGAGGGACCCGUGGAACUGGCUGGACUUCAGCGUCAUUGUUAUGGCAUAUGUUACUGAGUUUGUGGACCUGGGCAAUGUCUCAGCGUUACGGACAUUCAGGGUUCUGCGAGCACUGAAAACUAUCUCAGUCAUCCCAGGCCUGAAGACCAUCGUCGGCGCGCUCAUUCAGUCGGUGAAGAAGCUGGCCGACGUCAUGAUCCUCACGGUCUUCUGCCUCAGUGUGUUCGCUCUCAUCGGCCUGCAGCUCUUCAUGGGGAACCUGCGUCAGAAGUGUGUUCGCAGCACCACACACUGUCUCAACACCACCUUACCUUCAUACAACAACAGCACUUUCUUCUGCAAUAACAGAACCUGGCCCUCGCUGGAGGACUUUAACAAUAAUGAAGAUAAUUACUUCAAAGUGGAAGGAGCCAAAGACGCCUUAAUAUGUGGGAAUGCAAGUGAUGCUGGCAAAUGUCCAGAUGGUUUUGAAUGUAUGAAGACUGGACGAAACCCAAACUACGGCUACACCAGCUUUGACACCUUUGGAUGGGCUUUCCUCUCCCUUUUCAGACUCAUGACACAAGAUUACUGGGAAAACCUCUAUCAUCAUACGCUGCGCUCCGCGGGGAAAGCGUACAUGGUGUUUUUUGUGGUGGUGAUCUUCCUGGGCUCCUUCUACCUGGUGAAUCUGAUCCUGGCUGUGGUGGCCAUGGCGUACGAGGAGCAGAACCAGGCCACGAUCGCAGAAGCCCUGCAGAAAGAGCAGGAGUUUCAGCUCGCCAUGGAACAGCUGAAGAAGGAACAGCAGGUUGCUCAGAAAGCACAAGAAACCGAGUCCAUCUUGACCGCUGACGUGUCGCCGUUCUCCUCGCAAGGCAAAGGGAAUCUCGACCGGAGGAAAAGCUCGAGGCCGAUGUCAGAAGGGAUGACGGGGGACGACAAAUCAGCCAAGCUGGACACUAUAGAGGGGAUGAAGCAAACACAUUCUUUGCUGGUCCGCACUUUAUCCUUGAGGGCCAGACGGGAAAGCCAGGUCAGCAUCUUCAACUUCCGGCCGCCGAACAAAGAUUCAGAGGUGGAUUUCGCCGACGACGAGUUUAGCAAUCACGGAGAUUCGGACAGUCGAGGCGGAUCACUGGCGCUUCCCUGGAGCCGGAGACGGACCAGCGCUCAAAGCACAUGCAGUCACAGCUCCCAGUUCUUCUUCCCAAGCCUCAACAUCAACGGCAAACUCUUCGUAGCCAUGGACCAGAACGGGGUCUCAGGCCAGGGGCCGCUGUCUCCUCUGCAACUGCCCACCUGCACUAUGGAGAAGGUCAAAGAGGAAAGCGGGCACAACUCCACCAAUGAGCUGAGCAGCAUGCUGUUGCCCCAGCUGCCCCAGGAGGGCCGGGACCGGGCCCUGAGCGCCACCAGCUACAUCACUGACGCCAUGGAAGAGCUGGAGGAGGCGCAGCAGAAGUGCCACCCGUGUUGGUACGCGUUCGCACACAAGUACCUGGUGUGGACGUGCUGCCCUCGCUGGAUGAAGCUGAAGGAGUGGGUGAAGAUCAUGGUCAUGGACCCCUUCCUGGAUCUGGCCAUCACUAUCUGCAUCGUCCUCAACACACUCUUCAUGGCUCUCGAACACUAUCCCAUGACGGAUGAGUUCAACCGCAUGCUGUCUGUGGGGAACCUGGUGUUCACGGGAAUCUUCACCGCUGAGAUGGUGUUGAAGAUCAUCGCUCUCGACCCGUACUUCUACUUUCAGCAGGGCUGGAACAUCUUCGACAGCCUCAUCGUGAGUCUGAGUCUCAUGGAGUUGGGUCUGUCCAACGUGGAGGGUCUCUCCGUCCUGCGCUCAUUCAGACUGCUGAGGGUCUUCAAGCUGGCGAAGUCGUGGCCGACUCUGAACACGCUGAUCAAGAUCAUCGGGAACUCUGUGGGCGCUCUGGGGAAUCUGACGCUGGUUCUGGCCAUCAUCGUCUUCAUCUUCGCCGUGGUCGGCAUGCAACUGUUCGGGAAGAACUACGAGUCGUGUGUGUGCAAGAUCUCCAAGGACUGUACGCUGCCCCGCUGGCACAUGAAGGACUUCUUCCACUCGUUCCUCAUCGUGUUUCGGGUCUUGUGUGGAGAGUGGAUCGAGACCAUGUGGGAUUGUAUGGAAGUGGCCGGUCAGCCGCUCUGUAUUCUGGUCUUCAUGCUGGUCAUGGUUAUCGGGAACCUCGUGGUCUUGAACCUCUUCUUGGCGUUGCUCCUCAGCUCCUUCAGCGCGGACAACCUCUCGUCUCCGGACGAAGACGGAGAAAUGAACAACCUGCAGAUAGCCAUCGCUCGCAUCCAGCGGGGAAUGCUCUGGCUCCGGCAGGCGCUCUGCGACUUCUUCAACGGGAACUUCAAGCGGCGGCGGCAGAAGGCGAAGGAGGCCAAAGCCAUGCUGAAGCUCAAGAGACUCAGCCAGCAGGCGCACUGGGUGGAGGGGAACGGGACGGCCGCCGUCAUCGAGCGCGGCGGGGAGGAAGACAGUUACAUGACCAACCCCAACCUCACCAUCAGCGUUCCCAUCGCACCCGGAGAGUCAGACGUGGAGUUUCCAGAGGAGGAGGAGGAGGACGAGGAGGACGCGAGCGAGAGCUCGGAAGAGGAGGUGCCAGAAGAAACGAAGCCGAGCGAUGAGACCAGCCUAUCAGAGGGCAGCACCAUCGACCUCAGGAAGCCCGGCGAGGAAGAGGACGAAUACUCCGAGAUGGCCGAAGAAACCAUGGAUCCGGAAAACUGCUUUCCUGAUCUGUGUGUCCGCCACUUUAAGUGCUGUGACAUCAACACGUCGCAGGGUCUGGGCCGGGCCUGGUGGCGUCUGAGGAAGACGUGUUACCAGAUCGUGGAGCACAGCUGGUUCGAGACCUUCAUCAUCUUCAUGAUCCUCCUCAGCAGUGGAGCGCUCGCAUUUGAAGACAUCUACAUUGAACAGAGGAAAGUGGUCAAAGUGGUGCUUGAAUACGCAGACAAGAUCUUCACCUACAUCUUCAUCUUAGAGAUGAGUCUGAAGUGGAUCGCCUACGGUUUCAAGAAGUACUUCACCAACUACUGGUGCUGGCUGGACUUUCUCAUCGUGGAUGUGUCUCUAGUUAGCCUCGUAGCAAACACACUCGGAUACUCCGACUUUGCUGCCAUCAAAUCUCUGCGAACGCUCAGAGCGCUCAGACCGCUGCGAGCGCUGUCCCGGUUUGAAGGCAUGAGGGUGGUGGUGAACGCUCUGAUCGGGGCGAUCCCGUCCAUCAUGAACGUCCUCCUGGUGUGUCUGAUCUUCUGGCUCAUCUUCAGCAUCAUGGGGGUCAACCUGUUCGCCGGCAAGUUCGGGCGCUGCGUCAACAGAACCGGCUUCAUCUACAACGCUUCCCACAUCAACAACAAGUCCGAGUGCCUGGAGAUGAACAACACACAGUUCUACUGGACCAAAGUCAAGGUCAACUUCGACAACGUGGGCGCGGGGUACCUCGCUCUCCUGCAAGUGGCCACCUUCAAGGGCUGGAUGGAGAUCAUGUACGCCGCAGUCGACUCGCGAUCCGUGGAAGAGCAGCCCAUUAAAGAGAAGAGCCUGUACAUGUACCUGUACUUCGUCAUCUUCAUCAUCUUCGGCUCCUUCUUCACGCUCAAUCUCUUCAUCGGUGUCAUCAUUGACAAUUUCAACCAACAGAAGCGAAAGAUAAGUGGACAGGACAUCUUCAUGACAGAAGAACAGAAGAAAUAUUAUAAUGCCAUGAAGAAACUGGGAUCCAAGAAACCGCAGAAACCGAUCCCACGACCUCCUAACCCAGUGCAGGGAUUCUUCUUCGACCUGGUGUCCAAACAGGCCUUCGACAUCAUCAUCAUGUUGCUCAUCAUCCUCAACAUGGUGACGAUGAUGGUGGAGACGGACGAGCAGUCUCCCGGCGUCGAGUACAUCCUCUACUACAUCAACCUGGCCUUCAUCGUCGUCUUCACCGCCGAGUGCAUCCUGAAGAUCAUCGCUCUGCGCUGCUACUUCUUCACCGUCAGCUGGAACAUCUUUGACUUUGUGGUCGUCAUCCUCUCCAUUGUGGGAAUCGUUCUGGCGGACAUCAUCGAGAAGUACUUUGUCUCGCCCACGCUGUUCCGCGUGAUCCGUUUGGCUCGGAUCGGUCGGAUCCUCCGGCUCAUCCGCGGGGCGAAGGGAAUCCGCACGCUACUCUUCGCCUUGAUGAUGUCUCUCCCGGCGCUCUUCAACAUCGGCCUCCUCCUCUUCCUCGUCAUGUUCAUCUACGCCAUCUUCGGCAUGGCUAACUUCGCCUACGUCAAGAAGCAAGGCGGCAUCGACGACAUGUUCAACUUCGAGACGUUCGGGAACAGCAUGAUCUGCCUUUUCCAGAUCACGACCUCUGCCGGCUGGGACAACCUCCUCAAUCCCAUCCUGAACAACUCUCCCGAGGAGUGCGACCCGGACGUGCCUCACACCGGGACUAACGCUCGGGGAAACUGCGGGAACCCUUCCGUGGGAAUCACUUUCUUCGUGACCUACAUUAUAAUCUCGUUUCUGAUCGUGGUGAACAUGUACAUCGCGAUCAUCCUGGAGAACUUCAGCGUGGCGACGGAGGAAAGCACCGAGCCGCUGAGCGAGGACGAUUUCGAGAUGUUUUACGAGGUUUGGGAGAAGUUCGACCCGGAAGCGACGCAGUUCAUCGAGUACUCGAAACUCUCGGACUUCGCGGACACGCUUUCCGAGCCGCUUCGAAUCGCCAAACCCAACAAAAUCAAGCUAAUCAACAUGGACUUGCCGAUGGUGAGCGGAGACAAGAUCCACUGCUUGGACAUCCUCUUCGCCUUCACCAAACGCGUUCUGGGCGAGUCGGGAGAAAUGGACGCUCUUAAGCAGCAAAUGGAGGAGAAGUUUAUGAUGGCGAACCCAUCGAAGAUCUCGUACGAGCCGAUCACCACGACUCUGCGGCGGAAACAAGAAGACGUAUCCGCCACCAUGAUCCAGCGCUCGUAUCGCCGGCACUUACUGCGACGGCAGAUGAAACAAGCUUCGUUACUUUACCGUCAGAUCAACAUGACGGACGCCGAUAAAGACGACGACAGUUUGCCGGAGAACGAAGGCCUUAUAGUCGCCAUGAUAAUGGAGAACUACGGCACCGAGGCCGAAGUCACGGAGACGCUGUCGGCUACGUCGUCUCCGCCGUCGUACGAUAGCGUGACGCGAGUGACUAGCGAGCUUUUUCACGCUCUGAUCCCGGAGGCCACGAACACGGACCUCAGCGAACCCUUUCCAAACACAGACCGAGAUCGUGAGACGUUUCUGUGACGCCUUUUCCUUUGUUUACCGAAUGUACCAUAGCUCGACGUCGAAGGUUUUUGUAGACUGUUUUGAUUUCUCUUGUGGUUGAAGAUACGAAGGGGAAAGUUGCUCUUUGACCAUGCACACCUUCACAGUUUGAAUGCAUGAAUGAGAUCCGUAGUUGCAAUUAAUGAUCAUAUAUAACACAUUUUAAUCAAAGAGGUCUUACUUAAAAUGGCGUGAUUCCCAAGAUUUGAG